ACGCGCAAGAACAAUAAAUCAUCACGUCGUAGAACUCGUUUACAUACCCCUGCAUAAAGUACACAUUUUCAAUGAUUCAAUAUGACAUCUAGUACAGAGGAGUCAGUCGUAUCUGGGGGUAUCAUCAAGUGAGAACUCUCCGCGCGACCGCAUUGUUUGGCGCUCCAAAAUUCUAUCGGGUCAUCCAAUAUCUCUCCGAAUUUUUAGAUAUAUUCAAUUACAUAUAUUCUAAGUGAUAGCGUUAUCUGUAAUUCAGCUUGAAUUUAUUGAUAUCGAAUUUGUCGGAUUAUUGAGCUGUGAUGAUUGAGGAUUAAAAGUUCAACGAAAUCUGGUGGAUAAAACGAGCAAAAUGGGAAAAGAGAUCUUCACGUGUCGAGAUGUCCUGUGGAUCCUCGUAUUUUGCGGCUUCGCUAUAAACUACAUGCUCAGGAUAAAUCUCAACCUGGCGAUAGUAGCCAUGGUCGUUCCAGGAUCAAAAGGGCCGGCGAUAGCCGAAUGUUCACUGCAGAAAAUCACCUGGAACAUCCCUACCAAUAAAUCUCUUUACAUGUUGACGAAUCCUACAGUCGCUCAGAAGCCCCAGGCAGAUUCUCUGUUCCACUGGAGUGAAUACGAUCAGGGAUUAGCUUUAGGAGCUUAUUACUGGUUUCACUGGUUGACCCAAUUACCUGGUGGUCUACUAGCCCGAAGAUAUGGCACCAAAAUGGUCUUUGGAAUUGGAAAUCUGGCAACUGCAGUUCUUGGUUUACUCAUUCCAUUAGCAACUGAGUAUCAUCUCUAUGGACUGGUGACUAUCCGUGUUCUGCAGGGGUUGAUUUCGGGUGUCAUCUGGCCUUCCAUGCACGACAUGACCGCCAAAUGGAUUCCUCCGAUGGAGCGGAGCAAGUUUGUUAGCGCUUAUUUAGGCAGUUCCGUGGGCGCUGCCAUUACCUACCCCCUCUGUGCGUUUAUCAUCGACUGGAUGAAUUGGAGAGCUGCUUUUUACAUUACUUCUAUCAUCGGUAUAAUCUGGUAUUGCUUCUGGUCCUUUCUAGUCUACAAUACACCAAAGGAGCACCCGAGAAUCAGUCCAGAAGAGUGCACCCACAUCGUGGAGAGCCUCGGAGACACCUUAUCCAGUUCUCACACAUUAUCCAAAGUUCCCUGGAGACAAUUACUCCUCUCCGGUCCCGUCUGGAUCACAAUUGUUGCCCAUUGGGGUGGAGUCUGGGGGUUCCUCACCUUCAUGACUCAAGCACCAUCCUACUUCAACUUCGUCCACGGAUGGAACAUAAAUGCUACUGGCCUUCUAUCCGGACUUCCUCAUGUACUUCGCAUGAUUUUCUCCUACCUGUACUCAAUCCUGAGUGAUUGGCUGUUGCGGACCAAGAAAAUGUCCCAUCAAAACGUCCGAAAACUUGCUAAUCUUGUGACAACCGGGGGCGGAGCAAUUUUCACCCUGGGAUUGAGUUUUAGUGGAUGUCAACCAAUCCUCGCAAUUAUUUUCAUGAUGGCGGGAACGGCGAUCAAUGGCGCAGUGUCGGCAGGGACGUUGGCCGUCUUCGUCGAUCUCAGCCCUAAUUUCGCGAGUGUUUUGCUGGGUUUUUGUGGAUUAGUCACCACUGGCGCCGGUUUCAUAUCUCCUCUGAUCGUCGGAAUUCUCACUAAUCACCGACAAACGAUAGAGCAGUGGCGUGUGGUGUUUAUGAUAGCCGCGGCAAAUCUCACAAUCAGCGCCAUUGCUUAUCAAUUCUGGGGAACUGCUGAGGUGCAACCGUGGAAUGAGUGCAAUGAACCCGCGGAAGGAAUUUCCCCCAAUGAAUUGACCAGCUUGAAACCAAAGAAAAAGAAUGAAUCCAAUGAGACUGAUAAAGAAGCUGUAUGACAACUUAGAUUAAUUAAAGAAAUUAGGCCCUGACGGUUUCAGCCCAGGAGAAAUUAUCAAGUAAACAUCAACGUAACCCUUCUAUUUAAUCCAAACAUUCCAUAACACUAGGAAAUUAAAUUCUUUGUGGAACCUUCCCUUAAAACUGCUGCAUAGUAAAUAAAUCAUUUUCCACAUGUCUUCAACAAUAAUGUAUCAAGUACAGCUGUACUUCUUUAUUGAACAAUAAUCAGUGGUCCAUAAUUAUUAGUCAACAAGGAAUAGUUAAUAAAUCUAGGCCAUAUUCUUCCUCAUCAGUGUCAAAUAGGAAAACGCAGUUGUGACGACCUGUCGAUGUGGAAAAUUAUUUUUAAAAAAUUCAAUAUUUUAUUGUUGUACCGCUGUUGAAGAUUUUCCACUAAAAUUUUGAAUGCAAAAUUUUUGCAAUAUUUAGAUACAUUUAUGAAGUUUAAAUGGAUUAUAAAAAUACGUUCAUAAAACUUUUUUGAUGUUAUUUUUAGAGACACGUUAAUGAUAAAUGAGGAGUAAUUUUUUUAGUGAAAUAAAAAUCUGACUAAAAGUUGAUUAGUUUCAUGAACAAUCAGUAGAAUGUGGGGGAACUAGUCUUAGAGAGUUCCAUGGAAUCUUGCAACAUUGGUAGACGUAACAAAGUUGGAGAAAAAUUACCGAAAGAGUUAAUCGAUCGUGGACAGUGGAUAAAAUUGGCAGAUAAAAAUUGUUAUUGAAUUACGCAUACGGGUGAGCCAUGAAUUAAUAAAACAAGAUUCUCCGCAAAA